CUCCUUCCCCUUCUCUCUUCACAGCCAUGUCGUCCCAAGCUCUGCCUGUUAUACCCCUUACAUACCCUCUUAUUCUUCUUCCAACUGCCCGCAUCACCAUCCCCGUCAGUAACGCUGCCGGCGAACUACUCCUCGAACUCGUCCAGGAAGCCGACACUCCACCCGUCGUAGCGGCCGUCCCCAUACCCUCAGCGGACUCUUCGACGCUUCAUAACUGGGGAACCGCGGCGCGCAUCGUGCGCGUUGUUCGACCACCGCGAUCUCUCGCGCGCGACACCCAGCGGCCGUACCUGCUCACCCUCCUUGGUCUGGCACGCAUACACCUCCCGGAACCGGUGAACCCGCGCGAGAAGAUCGAGGGGCCUGCAGAGCGCAUCGUAGAGUAUCCAAUCUCCGAGGGCGCGCCCUCCGCCGAGGCCGCCGCUACGUUCAAAGCCGCAGCGAUCAAGCUGCUCGACCGCCUCUCUCGCGAUGCGCCCAACGAUUCCAAGCGCGACUUCUACGUCAAGCUCUCCAAUAUGGUCGACGAGGUGACCACCCAGCGCUCCCCCUGGCUCGCUGAUAUGCUCGCCGCGAGCCUCAACGUAGAGUACGCUGACAAACUCGACUUCCUAUCUGUUGUUCGCGCGGACGACCGCUUGAAGCGCGCUACUGCGAUAUUUGUCAAGCAGACAUCUAUCUCGGAAGUCAGCAAGAAGAUCGCACAGUCAAUUGACGAGAGCCUGUCCAAGCAGCAGAAGGAGUUUUUCCUUCGCCAGCAGCUCGCCGCCAUUCAGCGCGAGCUUCGCAACCUCAGGUCCGCACCGGUCCCUUCGCGGCCGGGUACGCCGGACGCCGCAGAGAGCAGGGGGCCUGGCGCGCCCGUGUCUGAGCUGGACGAUGAGGAACAGGCGGAGGCGAACGAGAUGUCGGACAUCCGCGCGAAGAUCGAGGCCAUGGCCAAGAAUAGCGAGGAGCGCAAGAUCGCCGUGAGGGAGUGGAGGAGACUCCGACGGACUCCGGCUACCAGCGUUGAGCACGGCGUCAUUCGCAAUUACCUUGAAUGGCUCACUGCCGUGCCCUGGCCCGGCUCUGCUCAGACCACCGCCUCCCUCGAAGCUCUGCGCGACCGCAACUUCUUGAGCAAAGCCCGCGCGCAGCUCGAUGCAGAUCACUACGGCCUCGAGAAAAUCAAGAAGCGCCUGAUUGAAUACCUGGCCGUCGUGAGGCUCAAAGAGCUUCAGGCGGAGAAGGAGGGUCAAUCGGUGGUGCUUGAAGGCGAGAAGAAUGCUGCGCAGGCGCAGCAACAGGAUAUACAGACCUCAAAGGAACAACAGGUGGAUGGACGGGAUGAUAGUAAGGCACUUGUCCCGGUACCGAAGGGCCUGCCUAUGCCUUCGCCUGUCCCAAAGCCAUCUACGAGGAAGAGCGUGAAGGGACCCAUUCUUCUGUUUGUCGGACCUCCGGGUACGGGUAAAACCUCGCUCGGGCAGUCCAUCGCCCGCGCGCUCGAUCGACCGUUCCAGCGCAUCUCGCUGGGCGGUGUGCGUGACGAGGGCGAGAUCCGCGGGCACAGGCGGACGUAUGUCGCCAGUGGCCCCGGGAACAUCGUGCAGGCUCUGAGGAAGGCUGGCCGGCCUGAUCCUGUGAUUCUUUUGGAUGAGAUCGACAAGAUCUCACACAGUAACUUCCAUGGGGACCCGGCAGCCGCGCUGCUUGAAGUCUUGGACCCAGAACAAAACCACUCGUUCCAUGAUCAUUACAUCAAUGUACCUGUCGACUUGAGCCAGGUGCUCUUCAUCUGUACUUCGAAUACCCUUGAGACGAUCGCAGCACCUUUGCUGGACCGCUGCGAGGUUGUACAUCUGUCUGGAUAUACAUAUGAUGAGAAGAUGCAUAUCGCGCGCCGCUUCCUUCUUCCAAAACAAUUGCAGGCGAACGGCCUGACUGCAGAUCACCUCAGCAUCGAUGACUCCGUGCUCAUGCAUAUAGCGACCCACUAUACCCGCGAAGCAGGUGUGCGCUCGUUGGAACGGGCCAUCGGUGCCGUCGUCCGGUAUAAGGCCGUCGAGUGGGCAGAGUACUGCGACGGCAUCGGCGCCGAUCCGAACGCUGACCUAUCCGACGUACUCGCCCGGCAAGCACCCAGCGACAAGGAGUACAGGAAAGCCGUCUCAGAAGACGAGCUUGAGACGAUCCUUGGAAUUGCGCGCUGGGACGAGGACGAGCGCGAGCGCGAGGAGCGGCGCGGGCUCGUGUAUGGGCUCGUCGUCACCGGCAUGGGCGAGGGCGGCGUGCUUCCCGUCGAGACGAUCAUGGUGCCUGGCGUGGGCAAGCUGAAGCUCACCGGCAGCCUCGGCGAGGUCAUCAAGGAGAGCGCGGAGCUCGCGCUGAGCUGGGUGAAGAGGCAUGCGUAUGACCUGUAUAUCACGAAGACCCGCGCGCAGGACCCGUUAAAGAACCCGGACCCUGUGGAUGUGCAUUUGCAUCUCCCGAGUGGGGCGGUGAAGAAGGAUGGGCCGUCGGCGGGGAUUGCGAUGACAUGUGCAUUUGUAUCGCUGCUCACAGGAGUGUGCGUGCCCAGCAACAUUGCCAUGACCGGCGAAGUCACCCUCCGCGGACGCGUCGGUCCGGUCGGUGGCAUCAAGGAGAAGGUCCUGGGGGCACACCGUGCGCAGAUCACCAAGGUCAUCCUUCCUUGGUCCAACCGCAAGGACGUCGAGCACGACGUGCCCAAGGAGGUCCGCGCCCAAAUGCAGAUUGUUUACGUGCGCACUGUCGAGGAGGUCCUCGAGGCCGCCUUCGGGAAGGGCGUCGUUGGAUGGAGGCGGAGCGAUGUUCUCGUAGAGAGCAGGCUCUGAGCGCAGAGGUAUCAUAAUGUGCACAUACUGUAUGUAUCGUUAGCAUUGGGGGCAGUGUGAAGUAUGAGUCUCGGGUGCAUAUUUGGAUGGCUACGUUUGUUCUUUCUU